AAUAUCGUAAAUAUAAGAUUGAGUAAAGUUAGAUUUGGGGGCGUAGGUUAUGAGUAAGUUCUUUGAGAACUUUACGAAACUGUAAAGAAAGUUAUACAAAUUCUUCAACACAUUUCUACAAAAUGUCUCGGCAAACUUCUAGAUUGGACGCCAAGAAAGUUAAUUCCGAGCUCCUAACUCUUACAUAUGGGGCUUUAGUGUCUCAAAUGCUGAAAGAAACAGAAAACACUGAAGAUGUAAACAAACAUCUUGAGAGAAUCGGAUACAACAUGGGCGUUAGACUGAUAGAGGACUUCCUGGCCCGGACUACGUCUACUCGCUGCUUAGAAAUGAGAGAGACUGCUGAUAAAAUACAGCAGGCCUUCAAACUAUACCUUAGCAUGCAGCCGACAGUAACAAGUUGGAGUAGUGCCGGAGAUGAGUUUUCGCUUGUUUGGGACCAUUGUCCACUCAGUGAAUGGGUGGAGAUGCCAAGUAAUAACGGCCUGAAAUAUUGCGCUUUGAUUCCCGGUGCAAUCAGAGGUGCUCUACAGAUGGUACAACUAGAUGUACAAUGCUGGUUUGUGCAGGAUCAGUUGAAAGGUGAUCCCGUGACAGAAUUAAGAGUGAAAUACUUGAAGAGAUUAGAAGAUGCCGUACCAGCCGGUGAAGAUUAGUCUUCAUA